AUGGGAGCCUGUAGGAUUCUCCUGUUGAGACCAGCUUAUCAGGGCAUUAAGUGCAAUUGGACACCAGCUAUUGCCCGGCCUGUACGCAGGAUGGGCAGCAAGAGCUGGAGCUGGGCUCUGGUCUGGGCCUCUGUGGCCUUGCUCAUGGUGUGGCCAGCAGAGAGCCUGGGUCAGGAAAAGCUGAACUUGGAACACGGAGAACUCACUGGAGAUGCCCCCACGUCUCCGUCCAUGCAGUACAUCACCUUCAUCCCACCCAUUACUGUCUUUCCUACCAUGAGCCCUUUAAAACAGGCACACAAUGGGAGGGUGUGCAGCACGUGGGGCGACUUCCACUACAAGACCUUCGACGGUGACGUGUUUCGCUUCCCUGGCUUCUGUAACUACGUCUUCUCUUCACACUGUGGGGCCGCCUACGAGGACUUCAACAUCCAACUGCGUCGUGGUCUUGAGGGUUCCAGGCCCGUGGUCACCCAUGUGGUCCUCAAGGCCCAGGGGCUGGUGAUCGAGCUAUUCAAUGACUCUGUCCUGAUGGGUGGACGGCGGGAGGAGUUGCCCUACAGCCGUGCAGGCCUUCUGAUGGAAAAGAGCAGUGGCUAUGUGAAGAUUGUCAUCCGGAUGGUCCUCACCUUCCUGUGGAACAAAGACAGUGCCCUGCUGGAGCUGGACUCCCAAUAUGCCAACCAGACGUGUGGGCUGUGCGGCGACUUCAACGGGCUCCCAGCUGUCAACGAGUUCUACGCCCACAACACCAGGCUGACUCCAAUACAGUUUGGAAACCUGCAGAAGCUGGAUGGUCCUACAGAGCAGUGCCAGGACCCCCUGCCCUCAGCUGUCAACAACUGCACAGAUAAGGAGGACAUCUGCCGCCACAUCCUGCUUGGCCCUGCCUUUGCUGAGUGCAUUGCCCUGGUAGAUGUCAAUGUGUACUUAGAUGCCUGCGUCCAGGACCUGUGCCGCUGUCCCACAUGCCCAUGCGCCACUUUUGCUGAAUAUUCCCGUCAGUGUGCUCAUGCAGGGGGCCAUCCACAGAACUGGAGGAGCUCUGAUUUCUGCAACUGGCCAUGCCCUCUCAACAUGGAGCACCGGGAGUGCAGCUCACCCUGUGUGGACACCUGCUCCAACCCACAGCACUCUCAUCUCUGCGAGGACCACUGCACGGAUGGCUGCUUCUGUUCACCAGGCACUGUGCUGGAUGACAUCAGACACCUGGGUUGCAUUCCCCUGGAGCAGUGCCACUGUACUCAUGGUGGCCACACUUAUGCCCCUGGAGAGUCCUUCAACACCAGCUGCAGCUCCUGCACCUGCUUCGGGGGACUGUGGAAGUGCCAGGACCUGCCAUGCCCCGGCACCUGCUCUGUGCAAGGCGGGUCCCACAUCUUCACCUAUGAUAAGAAACCCUACAACGUGCAUGGAGACUGCAGCUACAUCCUGACCAAGAAAUGUGGAAAUAGCAGCUUCACUGUCCUGGCUGAUCUGCGGAAAUGUGGAGUGACGGAUACCGAGAACUGCCUCAAAGCAGUGACACUCAAUAGUGGGGGCACGGUCAUCCGGAUCCAGGAAAACAGGGCUGUGUUCCUGAACUCCAUUUUUACCCAGCUGCCAUUGUCAACAGGCAACAUCACCAUCUUCAGUCCAACCUCCUUCUUCAUCAUAGUGGAGACGGGCAUGGGGCUGCAGCUUCAAGUGCAGACGGUGCCCCUCAUGCAGGUGUUUGUCAGGCUGGACCCCUCCUACCAUGGCCAGAUGUGCGGCCUGUGUGGAAACUUCAACCAGAACCAGGCUGACGACUUCACAGUGUUCAGUGGAGUGGUGGAGGGCACAGGAGCAGCCUUCUCCAACACCUGGAAGGCUCAGCCCUCCUGCCCCAACUCAAAGAAUACCUAUGAGGACCCCUGCUCCUACAGCGUGGAGAACGAGAAGUUUGCCCAGGAGUGGUGUUCCAUGCUUACUGAAACCUCAGGAGUUUUCUCGGCCUGCCACGCCACGGUCAGCCCAGUGCCCUUCUACUCGAAUUGCAUAUUUGACACAUGCAACUGUAGAAACAGUGAGGACUGCAUGUGUGCGGCCCUGUCCUCCUAUGUGUUUGCCUGUGCUGCCAACGGUGUGCUGCUCAGCGACUGGAGGGAUAGAAUCUGUUACAACUACAUGAGUGAGUGUCCCCAAACCAAGGAUUACUUCUAUUCGGUGAGUACUUGUGAGCCUACCUGCCGCUCUCUGAGUGAGGCCGACGUCACCUGUGGCAUCUCCUUUGUGCCCGUGGAUGGAUGUGCCUGCCCUGAAGACACCUUCCUGGAUGACAAAGGCUACUGUGUGCCCAAAGAGGAGUGCCCCUGUUACUUCCACGGAACGCCAGUGGCUCCCACAGAGAUUCUGCUAGACAAUGGUGCAGUGUGCUCGUGUGCAAAUGGGAAGUUUACCUGCCUGGGAGCCCUGAUGCAGAGAACCCCAGCGUGCAAGGAGCCUAUGGUAUACCUGGAUUGUAACAAUGCCACAGAUGGUGUCCAAGGGGCUGAAUGCCUCAGAAGCUGCCACACACUGGAUGUGGACUGUUUCAGCACACACUGUGUCUCAGGCUGCGUGUGUCCCUCGGGGCUGGUGGCUGAUGGGAAUGGGGGCUGCAUUGCUGAGGAGGACUGUCCCUGCGUACACAAUGAGGUCACCUAUAAACCUGGGGAGAUCAUCCGGGUAGACUGCAACAACUGCACCUGCAGGAACCGCCGGUGGGAAUGCACUGACCAGCCCUGCAUGGGUGCAUGCGUGGCCUAUGGGGAUGGCCACUUUGUCACCUUUGAUGGUGAACGCUACAUCUUCGAAGGCAGCUGCGAGUAUACCUUGGCUCAGGAUUACUGCAGAGGCAACUCCAGUACUGAUGGGACCUUCCGUAUUGUCACUGAAAACGUCCCUUGUGGGACCACGGGAACCACCUGCUCCAAGGCCAUCAAGAUCUUUAUGGAGAGCUACGAGCUGAUUCUCCAUGAAGGGAACUUCAAGGUGGUAGAAAGAGGGUCAAGCGGAGACAUUCCAUACAAGAUCAGAUUCAUGGGCGUCUUUCUGGUCAUUGAGAUCCGCAGUGGGAUAGUCGUGUCCUGGGACAGGAAGACCAGCGUGUUUGUCCGACUGCAGCAGCAUUACAAGGGCAGGGUCUGUGGCCUGUGUGGGAACUUUGAUGACAAUGCCAUCAACGACUUCACCACACGCAGCCAGUCUGUGGUGGGCGAUGUGCUGGAGUUUGGAAAUAGCUGGAAGUUCUCCCCAUCCUGCCCGGAUGCCCCGGUGCCCAAGGACCCCUGCACAGCCAACCCUUACCGCAAGUCCUGGGCCCAAAAGAAGUGCAGCAUCAUUAACAGUGCAACCUUCGCUGCCUGCCACUCUCAGGUUGAUGCUACGAGAUACUACGAAGCCUGCGUGCACGAUGUGUGUGCCUGCGACUCAGGGGGUGACUGUGAGUGUUUCUGCACUGCCGUGGCCGCCUAUGCCCAGGCCUGCCUUGACGUGGGUGUGUGCCUGUCCUGGAGGACCCCCGACAUCUGCCCUCUUUUCUGCGACUACUACAACCCUCAUGGGGAAUGUGAGUGGCAUUACCAGCCCUGUGGAGCCCCCUGUCUGAAGACCUGUCGGAACCCAGCUGGACACUGCCUUGUUGACUUGUCAGGCCUGGAAGGCUGCUAUCCAAGGUGCCCACCCAGCCAGCCUUUCUUCAACGAGGACCAGAUGAAGUGUGUGGCCCAGUGUGGCUGCUAUGAUGAUGGCGGAAACUACCAUGAUAUUGGCACAGAGGUCCCUACAGCUGAGAAUUGCCAAAGUUGCCUCUGCACCUCUGAAGGCCUCCAGUGCACUCAUGACCUUACAGCCUGCACAUGCGUCUAUGAGGGCCAUGCCUACCACUACAAUGAUGUUAUCUACAACACCACGGAUGGCCUUGGGGCCUGCUUAGUGGCCAUCUGCAAAGAAAAUGGAACUAUAACACGUACCACUGAAGAGUGCCCUGAAGUGAUGCCUACCACACCAUUCACGUUCACCACCACGCUGGCACCCCGUACCACAACAGUCUGCCGCUGGUCCAUUUGGUAUGAUGAGAACCGUCCAGAGCCUGGCAUGACAGGUGGGGACUUUGAAACAUUAGAGAACCUGAGGCACAAAGGGUACCAGGUGUGUCAAACUCCAUCUGCCAUUGAGUGUCGUGCAAAGGAUUUCCCCAGCAUGGACUUACAGGAGCUGGGGCAGAAGGUGAACUGUAAUCAAUCCUGGGGGCUUAAGUGCAUCAACAGUGAGCAGAGCCCCCCGUUCUGCCACAACUACGAGCUGAGGGUUCUGUGCUGUGAUUACGUGCCCUGUAGUUCCUCCACGAUGUGGAGCACAAGUACUACUCACUCCCAGCUUGAGAUCAGUACAAAGCCCUCUUCUUCCACUCGGAGCACUCACACAGCAGCCUCGAAAACCCAGCCAUGGACUGAAGAAGGCAAAGAGACCUCCCUGGACACGAGCCAAACAGUGCCAUUCACUUCAGAAAGCCGGGCCACUUCCCAUCCUAUGUCGUCCACACACCCAGUCAGCAGCCCCGGGGGCUCCACCCCCUGCCAGCCCCAGUGUCAGUGGACAAGGUGGAUAGACACCAACUACCCCACAUCUGACAUCGACGGGGGAGACAUCGAGACGUACGAGAGCAUCAGGGCCGCUGGAAUAUAUAUCUGUGAGCAGCCUCAGGCCAUCAAGUGUGUGGCCCAGAACUUCCCUGAAAUGAGCCUGGACAUUUUGGGCCAGGAAGUGAACUGUGAUGUCAGCUUCGGCCUGGUGUGCCACAACCGGGACCAGACGGGCGCUUUCCCGAUGUGCUACAAUUACAUGAUCAGGGUGCUGUGCUGCAACUGGCUAGACCAGAGUUUCCCCAUACCUGGGAGCUCUGGGGGCGAGUUUGAGACCUAUGCCAAUAUUAGAGCAGCUGGAGUUGCCAUAUGUGAAAAGCCCCUGGACAUAGAAUGUGUCACUGUGGAUCAGCCCAACGUGCCUCUGCAAGUGGUCAACUGCAGUCUGGAAUUUGGCCUGGUGUGCAGGAACCUGGACCAGGAGGGGCCCCUUAGUACGUGCCCCAACUACCGUAUCCGUGUGCUUUGCUGUAAUGACUACAGCCACUGUCCUAGCACCUCUCCCAGCACCAUCAAAUCAGCCCUGCCCUGGUCUACCAACACUCCCCUGAUCCCUUCCACAGCCUCAGUGUCCUUAAGCCCUGAGACCACCUUUCAGACCAACCGCCCCUUCAGCACUACAGCGCUAAGCACCCAAGCAUUCACAUGGACCACAUCUCGUCACUCGGGCUGUGCGCCUCGGUGCACGUGGACAGACUGGUUCGACGCAGACUUCCCUAACCCUGGCCCCAGGGGCGGAGAUUUCGAGGUCUACGCAGUGUUACGUGAGGUUGGCUUUGUCUUCUGUGAGCAGCCCAAGGACAUCCAGUGCCGCUCCGAGAAGGAGCCAGACCGACCCCUGGAAACCCUAGAGCAGGUGGUCCUGUGUGACGUGCGAUUCGGGCUGAUAUGCAAAAAUAUCAACCAAUCGGGGCCUUUGCAGUACUGUGACAACUACCACGUGCGCUUCCUCUGCUGUGACAACUACAGCCACUGCACCACGUCACCUCUGGCCACCACCUCCAUGGCUGCCACUCCUUCCACCUCUCACCUGUUGUCUAAUCGCACCACCACAGUUUUGACUACCAUGACUUCUUUACCUGUGGUCACUAGCUCCAUCACGCUCCCCUCCUCCUCCCCGGUGUCUACUCACACCUCUCCAGUUUUGACCACCGAGACUUCGCCUGCAGCCACUGUCCCCACUGUGGUCCCCUCCUCUACCUCAGGGACCACUCACACCUCUGAAGUUUCCCCCGGCAGCCAGGUGACCUUCAGUGUGUCUACUGAGUUGCCCUCAAGCCUCAGUACCCUCAGGCCUACUGUCUUUUCCAGCCAAGCAUCUUCCCCGUCCCCCUGUUUCUGCCAGGCAUUUGGACAGCUGUUCUCACCUGGGGAUGUCAUCUACAAUAAGACUGAUGGGGCUGGCUGCCAAUUCUAUGCCAUCUGCAACCAGGACUGUGAUGCUGACCGCUUCCAGGGUACCUGCCCCUCCUCUUCACCUCCAGUGCCCUCUACCCCUUCGCCUUCGUCUCCCCUGCCUCCUGGCUGUGAUGAUGCCAUCCCUCCCCGGAAGGUGAAUGAGUCUUGGACCCUGGAGAACUGCACAGUGGCCGUGUGCCAGGGCAACAACCAAAUCAUCCUCCUAGAGCCCGAGCCUGUGGAUAAUGUCACCUGUGUCAACAAGCACUUGCCCAUCAAAGUGUGGGACCAGGAGCCUUGCCACUUCCACUAUGAGUGUGAAUGCUUCUGCAGUGGAUGGGGGAACUCACACUACCUGACAUUCGAUGGCACCUCCUAUACUUUCCUGGACAACUGUACCUCGGUGCUCAUGAAGGAGAUCCACCCUCGCCAUGGCAACCUGAGCAUUCUUGCUCAUAGCUACUACUGUGGGGUUACCAGCAACGUCACCUUCUGUCCCCGUGCCCUCAGUGUGUACUACAACUCCAUGGAGAUUGUCCUCACCAUCACCACCACUGUCAGUGGGAAGGAGGAGGGCCUGAUUAUCUGGGACCAAAUGUGGAUAAGUUCAGGCUUCAGUAAGAAUGGUGUGACUGUGUCCUUGAGUGGGGCCACCACGAUGAGUGUCAACAUUUCCACCAUUGGCGCCACCAUCACCUUUGAUGGGCACAUCUUCCAGAUAUGGUUGCCCUACAGAUACUUCAGCAACAAUACUGAGGGCCAGUGUGGUACCUGCACAAACAGCCAGCCAGACGACUGCCGCCGGCCUGACGGCACCAUAGCUUCUAACUGCCAGGACAUGGCCAAAGACUGGCUGGUGCCUGGGAAAAGCAACAAUGACUGCUUAGCUCAGCCUAGCCCUUCCCCAAGCACCACUCCCCAGUCCCUAGUGUCCAGCACAGCCACCUCCACUCCAUGCCCCUCUGUACCACUCUGUGAGCUGAUGCUGAGCCAGGUUUUUGCCGAGUGCCACAGACUCAUCCCUCCAGACACCUUCUUCAGAGCUUGUAUCAGUGACCACUGCAAUGACAACUCCACUGGCACACUCUGUCAGAGCCUGGAGGCCUAUGCAGCACUCUGCCGGACCCAGGGCGUAUGCACUGACUGGCGCAAUGCCACUGGAGGGCUGUGUGACCUCUCCUGUCCAUCCACUAAGGAGUACAGGCCUUGUGGACCUCUGCAUCCAGUAUCCUGCAGCUCCAGGACCCUGAACAUUUCAACUGAGAUGCUGGCGGAAGGCUGCUUCUGCCCUGAGAAUCAGCUCCUCUUCAACUCACGCAUGGACAUCUGUGUACCAGAGUGCCGACCCAAGCUGUGCACAUACAAUGACACCAUGUAUGGGGUUGGUGCAGUCUUCCAAGGGAAUGCUCCAUGCCAGACAUGCACCUGCUCCUCCGAGAGCAACCACGAACCAAAAGUAGAAUGUAGAGAGAUCCUUUGUAGCACCACCUGUCCCAAGGGCUUCAACUACAAGCUGAUGCCAGAGAAGUGCUGCGGGCAGUGUGUGCAGGAUGCCUGCCUCACACCAGGGGGUCAGGCAGUACAGCUCAAUGAAACCUGGGUGAACAGUCAGGUGGACAACUGCACUGAGUACCACUGUAGGACUGAGAAUGGAAUCUAUGUUCUGACCCCAACCCCUGCACCUUGCCCUGAUGUAUCCAACUGUAGGGGAACCCUAAGGAAAACCGGUUGCUGUUACUCCUGUGAAAAAGAGGGUAAGUUGAAGACAUCUCUCAUCUAG